GCGUUUCAUACAUUCACGAAUGUUUUGAUGCAUAUUUCGCCUUAGUGUUAAAUGUAAACAACAAAAGGGACCCAUUUUUACAAAUUAAAUGUAAUUAUAUCUUCAUAUAUGUUAAAACUCUUAAAUAUGAGGUCUUUUCUCGAUAAUUGUUGCAUUUCGCAAGCCACACGUUCAUAAAACAUCAAAUCUUCUCCAAUCGGUAAUGUUUUCAGUUGUGGUUGUGUCACAUGAACAGACAGAGGAAAGAUAAAAAGAAAUGUAGUUUUACUUACAACUCCCACGAUUUCAAGAGUUAUGGAGUCUGCAUAUUUAAAAUUGUGCCUGUUAUGUCUGACAGCACUAGUCUCUGUCAUAUCAGGAGGGAAGAUGAAGAUAGUUGAGGAACCUAAUACAUUUGGGUUGAAUUAUCAGCUUAUGUCUCAGAGCAGCCGACUGCAGGCAAAGAUCAGCCCAUCUCCAGUGUCUGGACCUUCACAUCUGCACAGACUGGCAGGGAAAUGCUUCAACUAUAUUGAGGCUCUAUACAAAUACGUAUUCUGUCCAUUUCAUAAUGUGACUCAGCAUGAACAGAGUUUCAGAUGGAACGCAUACAGCGGUAUAUUGGGUAUUUGGCAGGAAUGGGAGAUUCAGAACAACACGUUUACUGGCAUGUGGAUGCGAGAAGGAGAUUCAUGUGGAAACAAGAACAGACAGACCAAGGUUCUCCUGGUCUGUGGGAACAGCAGUAAACUGUCGAGUGUUUCAGAGCCGCAGACGUGUGUUUAUUCACUGACGUUUGAGACGCCACUGGUUUGCCAUUCACACUCCCUCUUAGUGUAUCCAGUUUUGAGUGAGCCAUUACAGAAGGACUGGGAUGAAAUUGCGCAAGCUCGAUAUGAAGAUCUCCUCACAGAACAGGGUUAUAAUAAGCUGCUGAAGGAGCUGUUUGAAGAGGCGGGUCUCCUGAGAAGAGCUCAGCAGCAGAAGGCAGAGGAGAGUACGACGUCCCUCACACAUCCAAGUCUGGAGCAGUGCAAACAGGAGCAAGCAGAGAUAGAACGGCUACGAUCGCUCCUAACACAACACAACAUCUCCUAUGAGGCGACAACAACAGACAGGACACAGGAUCAGGGUCCCGUCGAGCCCUCGCCCCUCCAGGAGCAGCACCUGCGCGGGGACACCGGCUUUAUUGCUGAUCUGCACUGACAUGCCCAGCAGGACCACAGAACAUUCAGGAAAAUAAUAUUACUGUGAGAUAAUGCUAUUUAAUGAGUUUUAAAUUUGACUUGAUUUCGUCUUACCUGAAAAAUAAAGAUUUUAUCACACGA